GCAGUUUAAAACUAUCAUAUGUUUGGUUUACGCUGUGAAGUUCAAUCUGUGAUAAUUAUCGUCAGAAUUUUAAUUAAUUGAAUGAUUAAUUAUCUAUUGUCUAUCUAUUAUUCUAUCCCAGAUUGUUCCUCGUUAACUGUGGAUCCAUCCAACAUCUAAAAAGAGGGUAAAAUAACGUUUACCCUUCAAUAUCUACUCUACUUGUUUCAAGUUGUUUCUGAGGCCUACCCCAUUCCACGUGUUUUCAACAUGGUUGCUUCCAAAAAACCAAAAUUUGCCAAAAGCCGACGAAAAGGCUGGAAAAAAGUUAAUAUAGAUGAAAUUGAUACAUUUUAUGAAGAUGUUCGUCUGAAAGAAAGAGUUGGGCAACCUCUAGAUGAACCUGCUUUUAAAAUUGAUAAAGAAGCAGAAAUCGAACCUGUUUUAAAUGGAGUGAAAAAAGGAAAAGUUCUUAAAAAGCUUAAGCAAACCAAGGAUUUAGCGAAGAAUAUCAAAGCAUAUAAAUCAUUAGUUCCAUCAUCUAGAGUUCCUCCUGUGGUUGUAUUCAAAAACCCUGCUCAGCCGGAAAAAAAAGUAAAACCCAAGACAUACGGCAAAUCAAUAAAGAAAAAGAAGGAAAAAUGGACUGAUUUGAAAGUUGGAGAUAUUUGGUCUGGAACACCGACAAAAGCGGAAAGAAAGACAAGACUUAAACUUAAAUCAGUUUUACCAGCUUUGGAGUUACCUCACCCAGGAACUUCGAUAAAUCCAGCUAUUGAAGAUCAUCAAGAUCUUAUCAAAAAAGCUGCUGAAGUUGAAUUGAAAAAGUUGAAGAAGGACGAAAAGAUUCAAAGAUUACUCCAUGGUGGUGUUACCAAAAAAACUCAGUCUCAAAUGCAAAAAGAAUGGCUUGAAGAGAUGUCUGCAGGACUGCCAGUCGCAAAUGAGGAUGAUCAAGAAAAAGAUGACGAUGAAAUUGUUGCUGAAGAUCCUGAUCUUGCCAAUCCCAAAAAAGUAAUUAGAGCCGAAGACCGUAAAUCAAAAUCUAAAAGACGAAGAGAAAUGCUUGCUAAAAUGCGAGAAAAGGCAAUUAGGGAAGAGAAAGAGAAAAAGAAGAAAGAAAAUAAAAUCUAUCAACUAAAGAGAAUCAAGAAAGAAAUUGCUGCUGGUGAAGAAAAGCAUAAGAAAAACAUGGAAAUUCAUCAGAAAAAAUUUGAAGAGAAACUUUGUAAACCAGCUCGUUUAGGUCCACAUAAAUACGAAGAUCCAGAUAUACCUGUGAGCCUACCUGGAGAACUUGCGGAUCGACUAAGAUUGGUAAAAACUGAAGGUGAUUUGUUUGAAGAUAGAUUGAAAAGUUUACAAAAACGUAAUAUUAUCGAACCUAGAAAGUUGAUUUUGAAAACUCAAAAGAAAAAUGUUAAAUAUACUGAAAAAAGAGAUUGUCGGGAUUAUGAAAAUGAUUUGUUAAAUAAAUAAAAUAAUUUUUAGUAUUCUAAAUCU